AUGGAGUACCCCGCGCUCGGCACGGUGGAGGCCGCGGACAGCAGAGGGGCCCGGCCGUACAACAGCUUGGAGGAGCCGGAGGGCCGGGAACCGGAUGGGCUGCGCUUCGAUCGAGAGAGGGCAUGUCGCCUGUGGGAGGCAGUGUCCGGGGCCCAACCCGUGGGGAGGGAGGAAGUGGAGCACAUGAUCCAGAAGAACCAGUGUCUCUUCACCAACACCCAAUGUAAGGUUUGCUGCGCCUUGCUUAUUUCGGAAUCUCAGAAGCUGGCACACUACCAGAGCAAAAAACAUGCCAACAAAGUGAAGAGAUACCUAGCGAUCCAUGGAAUGGAGACAUUAAAGGGGGAAACAAAGAAGCUAGACUCAGAUCAGAAGAGCAGCAGAAGCAAAGACAAGAACCAGUGCUGCCCCAUCUGUAACAUGACCUUUUCCUCCCCUGUCGUGGCCCAGUCGCACUACCUGGGGAAGACCCACGCAAAGAACUUAAAGCUGAAGCAGCAAUCCACUAAGGUGGAAGCUCUGUCGAAACGCCUUACAAACCCUUUCCUUGUGGCCUCCACCUUAGCCUUGCACCAGAAUAGAGAGAUGAUAGACCCAGACAAGUUCUGCAGCCUCUGUCACGCAACUUUCAACGACCCUGUCAUGGCUCAGCAACAUUAUGUGGGCAAGAAACACAGAAAACAGGAGACCAAGCUCAAACUCAUGGCACACUAUGGGCGGCUGGCAGACCCUGCUGUCACCGACUCAUCAGCCGGGAAGGGCUACCCAUGCAAGACAUGUAAGAUAGUGCUGAACUCCAUAGAACAGUACCAAGCUCAUGUCAGCGGCUUCAAACACAAGAACCAGUCACCAAAAACAAUGGCAUCACCCCUGGGCCAGAUUCCAAUGCAAAGACAACCCAUUCAGAAAGACUCAACUACUUUGGAAGACUAGAGGUGUUUCUGUCCAGCACCCCAGGUUGAACCAGCCAUGAGCCAGCCUCCCAUGACCAUGGUCCGCCCUUGGCUCCCUCUUCCUCCUUUCUUACAUAGGCCUGAGGCAGGAGUGGGCCGUAGGCAGCCUGUGAUUGGACCAGGCAAAUCUACCCUUGCUCCUUCCCUUUGGAAUGGGCCUGUAAGUCAGGACAAAGGAAGCAGGGAUUUUUAGAGGACUUGAAUUCUUACAGGGUGGUAGUUUAGAGGAUGGCCUUUCUCCUUCCGCGGUCCUUCUGGGCCGUAUGUCAUGAGGCCCCAGUCCUAUGUUUCCUCUGUAGGUCAGUUUCGGUCCAGUCCUUGCAGCUGAACAGCUAAGCUCUCCCUGGGCUCUAGGCAUCUCCAGUGAAACCUGGCACUUUCAUGUCAGACCUUGGCCUAGGCAGGAAAGGGCAGAUGAAAGUACCUGCCACAUGGAAGCUUAGAGCUAAUGUGACACUCCCCCCAAAAUGUGCUGGCUUUCCUAACCCUGGGACCAGAUCCUGGCCAGUUGUACAGGUUUCUGCCCACUGUGAAGUCUCCUCCUGGAGCAAUGCCACAGUCCUGGCAGAGUGUUGCUGUUCCUCCUGCCCCUUCUCCACAGUUCCUGAAUGGUGCUAAGGACCUGCAGCAACUGGGGACAAGCUAGAGCUGGAGAAGGCCUCAAUACCCAGUGGGAUCAUGGAAAAUUCCAGUGAGGGCCUUUCUCGUCCUUGCUGUCAGAGGUGCUCUGACCCAGGGUCAUAUGGGAAAGUCCCCUUAUGCAAGAUUGCUUGAUGGUUCUGUGCCCUUAAAGGCAAACUGCCUUGUGCCAGCCAGCUCAGAGAUUCAUUGCUGCCCAUGGGCCCCACUAGCCCUCCCCUUCCCCAUGUGCAGCAGACCACCUGCCCAGGUUGCCGUGGUGCUAGCCCUCCCCCAUCACCCACCAGGAGAUUCCUAGGUACCAGGGAGUGGGAUGGGGCCCCAGGUAAAGAAAGAAGAGCUGGUACAAGUUUCUGCAGUGAGGAAUCAGGUGAUCCCCAGGCCCCAAACCUAGAUUUCUCCAACUCUGCCAUGUUUUAUAGCCUGGGACUUCACUGGGAAUAUAUUUUCCUUUGUAUCUUUCAAGCAGGAAUUCUAGGGAGUGGCACCAUCAGAGCCCCCCUCCCCUCUUCACUGGGUCAAAGAAGCCCCUAUUCUGCUCUCAUCACCUCCCACUCCCUAUCCCUUGCCUGCAAAAUGCCUUUAGUAUUGUGUGUGGGUGUGUGCUUAUGCUCUGUCUCUUGGUCACUGAAGCAUCUAAAUAAUUUCUCCCAUGAGCCAGACUGUAACUUAACAGAUCUGAGAUUUGGGGCAGUUUUGCAUUGGGUCUAAUAUGUGUAUCUUGAUCCCUCAACUUUAUCCCACUCAUACUCCCACAGCCCUAAAUACUGAUCUUAGGAGUUGGGACGGACAGAGGCAUCCAAAUUGUUUGGCAACCCCUUGGAAGUCUUUCCAGGUACCCUAAACUCAAUACAACCUUAUCCACGCAUCUACGUUCCCUGUGAUGGAGGGCCUCAUGGAGGUCUUUAGACAGUUUAAACUAGUAACCUGCUUUGCUUGAGAGGAUUGUACAGAAGGAAUGCAGGGGAGCAGGAAAGGACACAGACAGGAAGGUCAAAAUGGAGGCUGUGUCCAGUGUGGCUCUUUCCAAGCUAACCCUUUCAGGGCAGAGAUCUAGCCUUGUUUAUCUCCACUUCCCUAAUGUCAGAGUGGUGUGUCAUGAAGUGUUUCUUGAAUGAAUGAAUGAAUGAAUGAAUGAAUGAAUGAAUGAAUGAAUGAAUGAGGAUACAUAAGGAGAGAUGGCCUUGUCCUGCCCAGCUCUUAAACAGCAAUAGGUUUGUUCCAUGGAACUUAUCAUAGGCCUGGUAAUUCUUGGAAGAACCUUUUCUAUGUCACAGAAAUGAGCUGAGAAAGGAGUCUGAUGGCUUCAGGAGUCCUUUGUCCAGCCUUAGCUUCAGGCAGUCAGAUCUGUGGAAGGUGCCACGCAGCUUUAGCUCCCAUUCUUCACCAAGCAAACUUGUCUUGAGCACCUGCUCUAGGCCAGUUGGAAAAGACCCUCCACAGCCCCCAGUGUGGCUUUUCAGUUCCCAGCUUCCAAAGCCCAGACUGCCUCAGCAGUUUCCCAGAGUCCUUCUAUGCCACCCAGGAUGUCAGAAUUGGGCCCACCUGCUAGGCAAGGAAGUGAAGGGCAGAGUGAUGGUGGGCUGCCAUACCAUGCCAUACUCUUGGCCUGCAGGACCACUUUGGAUUCAGAAGUCCCUGCCAGCUGUAUGCCCAGCCCUGUUGGCAUGGGGACUCGGGGAUAAACACUUUUUUUUCCUUGGGGAACUCACCACUAUUAAAGACCAUUAUGGCAAUGGUCAGAGGUUCAUACAGGGUGCUGUGGGAAUGCCCAGGAUGCAGGCACUAACUCAGACAAGGGUAUGAAAAGCUGGAGGAGUUGGGAAACUAGUGUUUGACCUGCGUAACAACCAUUUGAACUAGCUGAUGAUACUCCAUUUUACAGAAAAGGAAUAAGACUCAAAGAGAUGUAGAGAUUUACCCAAGGUCUUGCCACUAAGAAGGCGGCAAAAUGGGGAGUGGAAUCCAGUUGUCUAGAUUCCUAUUCCAGAACCCUUUUCAAACAAGGACCAGAGUCCUUUCCACGUGACUCCUUGGCCUGCCUCACCCGUCUGGCCGGGCCAUGGUCUCAGAGCAAGCAGCCACUCAGGGCAGGGAUAGCAGCAGCACCCACAAGUUGGGUCACACAAGGUUCAUUGGUGAUUUUAUAUUCCAAGCUCUCUCAUACCUCAUAAUUUUACCUGAGAUUCUCAGUGUAUUAGACUCUAAUUAUAACUGUAAGAAACUUGAAAUGGUUAGCAAAAAAAAGGAAAUUUCCUGAUUCACCUAAUGAAAAAUCUUAGUACAGGGAUGGCUAGACCCAGGUUCUGACAGUGUCAUCAGUAAGAAUUUAAUCUCGCCGUGCUUUCCUCUUUGUGGCCUCUCUCUCACAGACUCUGCAGAAGGUGGCAAGAUGGCCACUGGCAGCUCCAAGCUUAUAUCCUAAAAGAUUGGCAACUGCAGUGGAAAGAACAUCUUUUUCUACUAAUUCCAACAAAAAAUUCUGGGACUGACUCGUUAGUCAGCGUGGUCCUGUUCCCAUCCCUAAACAGUUCACUGUAGUAGGGGAAAUGGUGCUUUGAUUUGGGGCCUGCAAAGGAGUGAGCUCCACCUAAAACAGAUUGACUGAAAAAGAGAGAGGUGUCCCUAAAAGAAGAAAGUGUGGGGUUCCCUCCAGACUAAGGGAGAAGAUUGGGUGGGGGUGGGCAAAAAUAACUUGUCAGCCAUACCCAGAAAGUGUCUUUAACCUUUUAUUUUAUUUUUUUCCCUGACUUUCUGAAAUACAGGAUAUAUUUAAUAAUGUGCGCCAAUUUUUAGAGUAUAGUUUGAUGAGUCCUCCUCACAUAUGUGUAUUCCUCUGGGCAGUCAUCCUCCAAAUCAAGAUACAGAACAUUGCCAGCUCCCUUAAAGGUUCUCUUGUUUCCCUUUCUAGACAGUAUCCCCCAGAAGUAAACACUAUUUUGACCUCACCAUAACUUAGUUUUGCUUGCUCUUGAAAUUUAUUAAAAUGGAGUCAUACAUCCUUUUUUGCUCAAUAUUAUGUCUGUAAAUUCAUCCAUGUUACUGUGUGUAUCAAAGGUUCAUUUUUUUCAUGCUGUGUAGUAAAUCGUUAUAUGAAUGUGCCAGUUUAGCCAUUCUGCUGUUGAUGGACUAUUGGGUUGUUCCUAGUUUUGAACUAUUAUAAAUAAAGCUGUUGUGACAAUUUU